AUGCAUAAUUUUGAGUGGAAAUCUGCCGUUAAUUUAAACAUUGUAGCGCUAAAAAUAAUAGGUCUUUGGCCACAAGGAGACGAAACUUACAAAAAAAAUUUCUACACUCUCUACUCAGCAACAAUUCUAGUCGUCUUUGUCUGUGCUCACAACUUUUUCCAAACUGUCAACAUUUUUCUAAUUUUGGAUGACUUCGACGCUUUCACUGAAACGAUUUUCGUAACAUUGUCGUUCAUAGGUGCCGUAGUCAAGGCGUAUUCACUUAUCCAAAACAUGGACACACUCAAAGGACUCUUUGUGACCAUAAGAAGCGAAAUGUUUGUACCGAAAAACCAACAACAGAUAAAUUUAAUACAACCCGGGAUCAAAGUCUGGAAAACUAUAUGCAUUGCGCUAAAUUUCAUGGGAGGAAACUGUGCCGUGUUCUGGUCAACUUACCCAUUGCUGGAUAAAGCCGACUACAGACUCCCGUUUUUGGCGUGGUAUCCUUUUCCGACUACAGUUUCGCCUAAUUAUGAGCUUACUUACUUGUACCAAGUGGUCUGUAUUUGGUUUAUCGUAUUGUAUAAUGCCAAUAUAGACUCGUUGAUUGCCGCUCUCAACAUGAUUAUCGGAGCUCAGUGCGAUAUUUUGUGCGAUAAUUUGAGAAAUUUGGAUGGUGAUAAUAUCGAAGAAGAUUUUCAAAAGUGCGUGGAACACCAUAAGGCAAUUUUGGAGUUGUGUUACAUAAAAUGGUUGCAUAUUUUUGAGUUAAGUUUUUAA